AUGACCUCCACUGUUGAAAUUGCAUCCUCUUUCAUUGAGGGAGCCCCACCGGGCGAACUCGCCGAUGUUGUUGCUGAUGUCCAAGCCCUGACCGAGGGUGACGAUAUUAUUCCCCAGCUCGUACCCGCAUUUGAACGAUACAACGAGAGCCAGUUGACGACGGUUAAAUUACCGGGAUCAAGCCAGGAGGUGAUUGUCAGUGAAUUCAAUAAGCUCGAGGGCAACCGCUACUUUGACUCGGAGAGCCAGACCUCGUUCGAGGUCGAUCACACUACACAGACUGCUUCUGCGGCGCAGUCAUCGCCCUUGGAAUCCCAGAAUGCCGACCUGAUUAAAUCCCUCCUCAAAUCCCUUAGCAUUCACGCCCAAGAGCAUUACUCCAGUUGUUCCUAUGGCGUCUAUCCUACUGAAAACGAUUCUUCUGUCGCCAUUCUCCUGGUCGCAAACCGAUACUCACCCAACAACUUCUGGUACUGCUCAAACACUCCCCGUGAAUUGGAUUUGAGAAAUAUUUUGCUAACCAUCAUGGAUCUGGUUAGGAACGGUCGAUUCCGCGCCAUCUAUCAAGUCCCCGUCUCCUCCUCUUCAACAACCGUGACUGGCAAGAUCCACGUUCAUGUGCACUACUAUGAGGACGGAAAUGUGGCUCUCAGCACCACCAAGCCGGUCAGCGUCUCGGUCCCAUCGGUCUCUGCUGAGUCAAUUAUGUCGCGCAUCGCUGCGGCCGAGCGCGACUACCAGGAGGAACUGAACCGGGCAUUCGUCAGCGUGGCCGAGGGAGCAUUCAAGGGACUGCGGAGACAACUGCCAAUCACCCGACAGAAGGUGGAGUGGGAGAAGGUCGGUGGUUAUCGUUUGGGACAGGAUAUCUCUGGCGGCAAAGGCCGGUAA